AUGAAGGAAACGACCGGCAAAGUUGUAACCUCUGAGGGAUUAACAGGGAUCUAUCUAUCCCCCCUGAUCCACUUCCACCGGAGCACGGAUUUGCUAAAGCAUAUAGGUGAACCGAUUGGAAGAGCGCUGGAGGAGAGCUUAACAGAUAUGGGAAUCAUACGGAAAUACUACACCCCUCUUGUGAAUUUCGUUGAUGAUCAUCAAGGAUUUUGCUUUGAUUUGAGGUCCAGCCGUAUAGAUUCAACAGAUCUGCAAUUGUCUAGAUUGGACCCUUAA